GAUGACAGGGAAGGAACUAGGGGAGGAUGAGUGUGUGUGUGUAGUGUGUCAGGUGUGUGUAGUGUGUCAGGUGUGUCAGGUGUGUAUUAAUAAUGGCUAGAGUGUCCCGUCUAGGUGUGUACAUGACAAUAUACUUAUGCCUGUGUCUGGUAGUAAACGUGGCCCUGGUGGUGAUGUUCUUCAAUGGUCAUCCCUGGACGAGCCUCACACUGGCACCUCGGCCAUGGCACACUAAUGAAUGGGAUCCCUCUAGUGGACGGAUCCUGAAGUGCAGUGACCUUCCUACCAUUACCAACCUAAGCAUUAUAGGGUCUGGAUGGACAAAGGCUGUGUAUCUAGGUCAGUAUGGCAGUGCCUGGUUGGCAGUUAAAACUGUGCACACCACAGGCCACGACAUGACUGAGUGCCAAGAGGCAGUGAGCGUCUGCUAUGAGAGGUGUGCUGCCAAGAUCUUGAGGGAAAUGCAUCUGUUACAGAUGCUGUCUCACGGGAAUGUCAUCAAAGUGUUUGGAGACUGUUUACCUGGUGUGGAGUAUUCCCCGGGCCCUCCAGUAGCUGGUGUUGUGGCUGUGAUCACAGAAUUGGGACAUCCCAUUGAUGUCAUUCAGGUUCUUCAGAUGAACUUUGAGGAAAGACUGAAGUUGGCUUCUGAUGUUGGAAGGAUCCUCAAUCACCUGGCAACAUCACCUCUUGGAACAGUUCUCAUGAAGGACUUCCGAAGGGAGCAGUUUGUCAUCUCAAAUGGAUCACUCAAACUGUCUGAUAUAGAUGAUGUAGUAAUUGGAGAUCCCUCAUGUGCCAGUGACCAUGAGUGUGUCAUAAAGGAUGGGGUCAAAGAGGAUGUUCUUGUAAAUUUGACGUGUGAGAAUGGGUCAUGCAAGGGAUUCAACAGUCGACUUAAUGCCAUCCACGCCAGCCAACACUUCAUGCGUAUUCUGAUCCCAUAUGGAAGUCCAUCAGCCUUAGAAAACACUUGUCUACAUAUUGUGAAUAAACAGUCACGUGGGAUGUUAGAUUCUGAGGCUGUACAUCAAGAGAUCCAGACUAUAGUGAAGAAUUAUUCAUCUGGUGAAUAUUUGUCUAAUGCUGAGAAGAGUGUGAUACAUAAUUGUAUUGUGUUCCAUGGUUCCACUGUUGUUGGAGGAGACUUCUCUUGUUCUAAGACACUCAGCAGAGGAUGUUCACAGUCAGUGUCAUCACCAGCAGAGGGUGCAUGGUUGUGUUCACAGUUUCCAGAGUGUGUGGCAUUUAUAUUAACUGAUCAGUGGACAUGGACAGGCCGCCAGAUUGCUGUAUUUAAAACGGGAGCAAGAGUAGUGAAAGAAAAUGAGCGGCACACAUUAUACAUUCGUCGUGGACAAGGCUGAACAUCCACAUCAAGAAAUAGAAAAAUUACCACAUUCACUAAAAUGUGAAUUUUAAAUACAGUACUUUUUAAGUUCAGUGUAGACUUCAAAUGUUCCAUAGCCUUACAUUAUAUGGUUCAUGAUUAUCUGACUGGUUGGAAUUAAUUUGUGAAAAUAUUUUGAUUUAAUCAGUAUUCAUAUAAACAUGUGGAUGCUUAGUAUGAUUCUAUAGUUAAAAAUGUGUAGGUUUGUGUGAUAGCAAACUAACAUGUUGAGCUCGUUCGCAAAUGCAGUGAACCUUACUAUUGUCCCUUAGAUCAUCUGUAAUGUGACUGCUCAGGAUGUACUGGCAAGUUUGUAUCACAUUACCAAUGUACUGUAUGUAUACCAUAUUGAUAUUAGGCCAGUUAUUAAGACAUAUCUUUUGUAAUGGUUACACAUUGACUAAUUUCAUUAACAACAUUGCUGAGAGACUAGCUGCAGGAGGAAUGUUUUCAAAACUAAAUUCAGUGCAAUACAGCAAUGGCUUAAUCAUGUUAUAUUUCUCAUGUCGUGCCAGCAAAAGUCGGUGGCAUAAAUGCUUCCUUUAUCCAUUCAUUUGUAUAUUCUCUUAUGGUCUGCACUCAGGAACGACAAUGUGCUUUAUACUUAUGAUUAAAUUCAUUGUGGAUGUUCUAGCCACAAACAUAUGGGCCUAGACAUAUAUUAUAUUGGGUAAGAGCAGCAAAACCCAAUUGUAGUUUCUGCUUUUAUUAAAAAGUAUUGUUUAUAUAAUUCCUGAGUGUAGAUCAACCGCAACUUCCACUAUUUAUGAGCGUGAAGGGAGAGGACGGCGGCUAUGUAAAUAGACCGUUUAAUCACGUCCGUUCGAUGUAAGAUUAUGAGUGUGACUGCCCGUGGGUGCCGGCUUAUUCCGAGCUGACCCAUGUGCUGACAUAUAGUCAACUGGGCCGCACCCUAAGGAGGCUACCAUUCACGUGAUAUGAGCAUGACAACUCAUAGCAAGUGGAAAGUUACAGGGGGUGAAUUAGUAUAUAAAUCAAAUGUAAUGAACCCAUUUAUAUAAUACUUGUGUUGAUGAGACAGGGGCCAGUACAUGGAGCUAGAUCAAGCUCAGUAUCUGCAGUUACCUGUAUUAUUAGGUAUGGGCCCAUAUUAGCUUGAAAGAUAUGAUACAUCUCACCUGCAUUUAUGACAUAUCUCUGAUUAAACAAAUGUAGGUCAUCAUAACCUCUACUGUA